CUCUUUUCCUCCCGGGUUUCGUCUCGCAGAUCGUCCGUCUCUUUCUCCCCCCUUCGAGAAAGAUAUCAAAAGCGGCCGGCGUUCCCCUUCUUCUCUCCCUCUCCUCUUCUUCCCCCCCCGGCACUUUUGACCACCGCUUCACUCUUUUAGCGGGCAUUCAUUGCAAUUGUCAUUCAUUGACUUGUUCCGAAUCCCCUUCAGCCCCCUUCCGUCAACAUGAGGGGUGCUUUCCUGGCCACCGCCGCCGCCGCCAUGGCCGGUACGGCGCUGGCUGACGGCGCUCACCGUCGUCACGCCCACGACUCGCUUCACCACAACCGGGCCGUCCAGGCCGAGGCCGACAACACCUGUGCUUGCACCACCGAGGUUGUGACCGUCUGGGGCUCUCCUACCCUGGUGCCUGUCCCUACCACCAUCACCUCCGAGGUCGUCACCACGCUUCACUCCACCAGCUACACCACCGUUACCGUUGUCGCCAGCGAGUCCGUCGGCGAGGCUGCCACCACAACCACGGAGGUCGUCGGUGCUACCGGUGGAGCUGCCGGCAGCGCUGCUCCCAGCGAGUCUUCCACCCCUGCUGAGGGUGCCAGCGCCGGUUCCACCGGUGGUGCUGCCGGCAGUGUCGGCGAGCUCUCUUCGAGCCCUGCCGCGGCUGCCACGACCUCCUCCACCGUGGCUGUCCCCACCGCUGCCACCACCGUCUUCUCGACGACCGGCACCUACACCAUCCCCGCCUCGACCAUCACGGUCACCGUGCCCACCACCGUUAUCGCGGACACCACCACCUCUCUCGCCAGCGGCACUCAGCUCUACGGUGGUGAGACCACCUCCGUCCCGGCCUCCAGCACCGUGACCUACCCGUACGCCACCGUCGAGACCUCCGGUUCUACCGUGACCACCGUCAUUGAGUCCACCACCUACGUCUGCCCCUCCGCUGGCAGCUACACCAUUGCUCCCACCACCACCUACGUUCCCUCCAACACCAUCAUCACCUACCCGGCUGUCUCGACCGUCACCCCUGGUGUCUACACCCACAGCGCCGAGACCGUGGUCGUCACCGUGACUGACUACACCUACACCUGCCCCUUCGCUAACGCUGAGAGCACCACCUCUGUUGUGGCCGCCACCAGCGCCGUCAGCGUUCCCGCCGUGACCACCACCGUUGUCGCUGCCGAGACCACUGCUGCCGCUGCCGUGACCACCUCCAUCGCUGCCGAGGAGACUACUGCCGCUGCUGCUGUGACCACCACCGUCGCCGCUGAGGAGACCACUGCUGCCGCCGCCGUUACCACUUCCGCCGCCGCCACCACCGUCGCAGCUGAUACCUCCUCCGUCGUCGCGAGCUCCUCCAGCUCCUCCGCCGCGGCCGCCAGCUCCGGUGUCAGCGCCAGUGGCAACAGCAUGGGAAUGACCUACACCCCCUACACCGACGCGGGAGGCUGCAAGUCCGAGUCGACCGUCGACUCUGACAUCGCCAUCAUCGCCGAGAAGGGCUUCACCCACAUUCGUCUCUACUCGACCGACUGCAGCACCCUGGAGUACGUCGGUACUGCCGCGGCCAAGUACGGCCUGAAGUUGAUCCUGGGUGUCUACAUCUCCAGCACCGGUACCUCCGGAGCUGCUGACCAAAUCACCGCGAUCACCGAGUGGAAGGACUGGACCCUGGUCACCCUGAUCGUUGUCGGUAACGAGGCCAUCUCCGACGGCUACACCACGGCCGCCGAGCUCGCCACGUUCAUCACCUCCUCCAAGGCGUCCUUCGAGGCGGCCGGCUACACCGGAGAGAUCACGACCACCGAGCCCAUCGACAUCUGGCAGGAGUACGGUACCAGCAACCUGUGCUCGGUCGUCGACGUCGUCGGAGCCAACAUCCACCCCUUCUUCAACGCCCAGACCACCGCCGCUGAGGCCGGUACCUUCGCCGAGGCCGAGGUCAAGAUCCUCAAGGCCAUCUGCACAGACAAGACCGUCAUCAACCUGGAGACCGGUUGGCCCAGCGCCGGUGACGCCAACGGCCUCGCCGUCCCCGGUGUUGCCGAGCAGACCACCGCCAUCAAGGGUAUCCGCGAGUCCGUCGGUGAGAUGUCCGUCUUCUUCUCCUACGCCAACGACCUGUGGAAGGACCCCGGCGAGUUCGACGUCGAGCAGUACUGGGGCUGCAUUGACCAGUUCUAAACGGGUGCUGCACUCGGAUAUGUAUAGUUCUUGAGAAAUAUGUUGUUCAUUUCCACUUCUUUUCUUUUUGCUUCCCCAAACGGCUUGGAGUUUCGAUUCGAUUCUCGUUCCCCCUCCACAGGAACACUUCCUUCCCCCUCCGCCACCCUUUCUUCUUCUUUCUCUUCUCCCGUACAGUUGAGAUUUCUUGUAGUAGAUAUAACCUUUUUUUUUCUCACACCUAUCUAUCUAUCCAUCCAUCCAUCUAUCCAUCUCGAUCCUACCUGGGUCGCGUGACCAUGGGGUUGUCGUUGGCUUCUUCUUUUUUUCCCUGUUCUUUUCUUUGUGUUAGUUUGUACAUGCUAAUUCAUUACGGGCUUACGAUGGC